GUCGAAUAUGCGAUCAAGUCUUCAGUGUGAUUGACUUUCGCAGAACAGUAUCGACACCUCUUCCUGACUUUUGAUUGAUAAACGGCAGUGAGGUAGCACUCGUUUAAGCUGGGACAGGCAUAGAAGCAGGUCAUUAGAUGGCCAACUCUACGGUUGCCCGCAAGGGAGAGACGUAUAAGGACAAUGCUAGGAAAAAGGACGUCCGCCACUCAAACAUCUUGGCAGCAAAGGCUAUUGCAGAUGCUGUCCGCACUAGUCUGGGACCUCGUGGCAUGGACAAGAUGGUGACCCAGCCAAACGGCGAGGUGAUCAUCACCAACGAUGGCGCCACUAUCUUGAACAAGAUGACAGUCACGCAGCCUGCAGCCAAAAUGCUUGUGGAGCUUGCCAAAGCACAGGAUGUGGCGGCGGGAGAUGGCACCACAUCAGUCACAGUGAUCUGUGGAGCGCUGUUGCGCAAGUGCCUUGAGCUGCUGGAGAAGGGUGUACACCCCACAGUCAUCUCUGACUCCUUCGCCAAGGCCGCUGCCAAGGCAGUGGAAAUCUUGGAGAGCGUGGCCAUCCCUGUGGACCUGGGUGACCGCGAGUCCCUCAUCAAAGCAGCCAACACGUCGCUCAGCAGCAAGGUGGUGUCACAGUACUCCACUCUCCUCUCGCCCAUGGCAGUGGACGCUGUUCUCAAAGUCCUGGACCCGGCGCGCCCAGACUUCCUGGACCUGAAGGACAUCAAGGUGGUGACAAAGCUGGGGGGCACGGUGGAUGACUCAGAGCUAGUGGACGGAGUGGUCUUUGACCAGAAGGCCUCAAAGACGGCGGGGGGCCCCUCAAGGGUGGAGAAUGCGAAGGUCGCGCUCAUCCAGUUCUGCAUAUCCCCGCCCAAGACCGACCUGGAGAAUAAUGUCAUCAUCUCUGACUACACCCAGAUGGACAGGAUACUGAAGGAGGAGCGCAACUACAUCCUGCAGAUGAUCAAGAAGAUCAGGGCCAGCGGCGCGAAUGUGCUGCUCAUACAGAAGUCCAUCCUGCGCGAUGCAGUCACCGACCUCUCCCUCCAUUACCUGGCCAAGGCGAAGAUCCUGGUGGUGCGCGACAUAGAGCGGGACGACAUCGAGUUCAUCAGCAAGACGCUGGGCUGCCUGCCCAUCGCGCACGUGGACCACAUGCGCCCAGAGAAGCUCGGCCACGCCGGCCUCGUCGAGGAGAAGACGGUGGGCAAGGGCAAGGUGGUGAAGGUGAGCGGCAUUGAGCGCGCCAGCCGCACGGCGACGGUGCUGCUGCGCGGCAGCAACAAGAUGGUGCUGGAGGAGGCCGAGCGCAGCCUGCACGACGCCCUCUGCGUCAUCCGCUGCCUCGUCCACAAACGCUUCCUUAUCGCGGGGGGCGCCGCGCCGGAGGUCCAGGUUGCCUUCCAGCUGCAGCGCUGGGCCAAGACCCUUGUGGGCAUGGAGGCAUACGGCGUGCGCGCGUUUGCAGAGGCGCUGGAGGUGAUCCCUUUCACGCUGGCCGAGAACGCGGGGCUGAACCCUAUCGAGAUCGUGACCGAGCUGCGCAAGCGCCACGCGCAAGGGGACCACGCCGCCGGCAUCAACGUGCGCAAGGGCACGGUGAGCAACAUGCUGGAAGAGAAUGUGGUGCAGCCGCUGCUGGUCAGCACUUCAGCGCUCAACCUGGCCACAGAGACCGUGCGCAUGAUCCUCAAGAUUGAUGACAUUGUUCCCACAAGAUAAAGGCAUUGGCUGCUGCAGCGCGCUGCUGGCACGCUCUAGAAUGGAACCAGUGCAUGCACGUGGGCGGGCAACGGGAUUUGACAGCAGCAAGCAGGCCUAGGUGAGAACUGCGGUGUGCAGCUAUGCUUGUACGCAAGGAAUGUGCUCUGCUCCUGUACAUGUAGAAUGCAGAUAGAGCUGAAGCAGCUGUUUUAGUGAAUGCUUGUAACUUAAAGUUGCUGAU